AGCCCGCCGCCCGCGAGGACCCACAGCCAAGAUGGCGGCGUCCGCCAUGCAGGCGUGCCGUCUCCUGCGGUUCUCCGUGGCUGUGGGGCCCAGGUCCUGUAACUACCGUGCGCCGCCACCCCCGCGCCGCCGCCCCGGGCCCCAUUGGCCAGACCCGGAGAACCUGCUGAGCCCACGAUGGCAACUAGGGCCGCGAUACGCGGCCAAGCAGUUCGCGCGGUACGGCGCUAAGUCCGGGGUGGCCCCCGCCUCCCUGUGGCCGUCCCCGGAGCAGCUGCGCGAGUUGGAGGCGGAGGAGCGAGAAUGGUACCCGAGUUUAGCGACCAUGCAAGAGUCGCUGCGCACGCAGCAGCAGGCCCAGGAGGCAAAGCGUCGUGCCAGGGAGCAGCACAUCUCAGAGUGCAUGGCCAAGAUGCCACAGAUGAUUGAGAACUGGCGACGGCAGAAGCGGGAACGCUGGGAGAAAGCUCAGGCUGAUAAGGAGCGGAGGGCCCGGCUACAGGCUGAGGCCCAGGAGCGCCUGGGUUACCACGUGGACCCAAGGAGUGCCCGCUUCCAGGAACUGUUACAGGACCUAGACAAGCAGCAGCGCAAGCGCCUCAAGGAGGAGAAACAGCGGCAGAAGAAGGAGGCACGAGCUGCUGCUAUGGCCUCUGCCGAAGCCCAGGACCCAGAAGUGUCUGGGGAGCCCAGUUCCUGAAAGCCCCUUUCCCAAUAAAGCCUGCUGCUGACAGCUCUGUUCUACACAUUCUCCCUCAAGUUGUGACUUCCUGGGCCCCCGGCUCAUUCCACAACACCUGGGGUGGGAGAAUGCUCCACUGGGCUGUGUUCACACCUGGAUGCUAGGCCGUGCCAUGAACUGGGGCUUCAGGGACACAGAAAGGGGAAUGGAUGGGCAAAUAAUGAAGGAGCAGAUGGCGGUGGAGAAGGAGGCUUCUGUUUACCAACAUUAAUCUCCAGUAAUUAGCCAAUUACCGGGGGGAGUACAGCCAAACAGACUGCGUGAUAGAAGGAGCAGCAGCCCUUCUAGGGCUGAGCUGGGGCAGGGGCCCAAGUUUCCAGAGGGAAGAGAUGCUGGGGCCCCCAUCUGUGAGGCUCACAGGCGUCUUCCCCACGGCUCGGCA